AUGGACACGACCUCGUAUCUCGUUGCGAGGGACAUUUCGGAACUGCAUGAAGUGAUGAGACUGGUCCCAAGAUCAGGCGACUGCGUUAAGUGCGAUGACACAUCCAAGCUUCAAUGCCCUUCUUGCGCUUCCAAUGAGAGCUGUCAGUUUACAGUUCCGCUCGAUUGCACGCAAUGUCCUACGUCCUUCUGCGCGCCGAAUGAUACGCCCUCGACCAGCAGCGGAAAAGGUGGCGGCAGCGGCGGCCCAAGCGCAGGCCCUAUCGCUGGUGGUGUCAUCGGUGGUCUUGCUGCCAUUGCCAUCAUCACUUACCUUGUGUGGAGAUUCCUAAUCAAGCCCAAGAGACAAAACACCCAAGCGGUCUAUGGCGCCGAAGAGGGCGCUCCUGAAGGCAGCGAAAAGAAUGGCAACCGAGUUACGCGCCGCGGAUCGACACAUACUGUCCAUUCCAUUGCCUCGACCGUUCUCACCCGCGCUUCCAACAUUAUCCAAAUCGCCUACAUUCCCGGCGUCACCAACCGAGCCACUCCUACGUCGCCCAAUGUUCUUGUCCCCCCUGUUCCGCCGAUUCCCAUGCAUCAUACCGAAGGAUACCGCGAUUCUGAGGCUGAUCCUCACUUCUUUGUUCCCGGCAACUUGCGAGACUCGACAUACUCCGGUAUCUCUGCCUUUUCGGACCGAACUUCAUUUGCUCCUCCUCGCUCUAGCGUUGCAUCUACCAUCUUUGGUGGUGGCAAGCAGCAAGUCCUGACUCCUGCCCAGACCGGUAUGCGUGCCAAGCCGACAAUGGUGAGCGUCAAGUCUGGUUCAAGCGCCCCCAGCACUCCUCCUAUUCCCAACAUCGACUUCGACAAGUUCAAUGCUUCCAAGCACCUACGACCUACGAGUGCGGCAAGCAACUUUAGCGUUGGAUCUACUUUCCUUAAUAGUGCCAACACCGUUACCCAAGCUCGCGCACAGGUUGUCAAAGUGGGAGGCUCUGGACUGAGAAUGGUGGAGAUUGCCUCCAAGCCUGAGGCUAACACAUCCUCCACAACACUCGGCAACAAGUCACCAGAGACAACAACAGACAGCGUGACUCCACCUACGAGCCAAGGAGAUUCAUCAAAGGAAGACCAGGGUCCGUUCUCUGAUCCUCCAGAGGGCGAUUCCAGCCCCAAGAUCUCCGUUGAAGCCCCCUCUUCGCCCAGCAGAGAAAGGGCGGCCACCAAAGAGGGAGAGCACACAGGCUCUCAGAAGCGUGAUACCAGCCCUUUUGGUGAUGAGCAUGAAGCUAAGGAUUAA